AUGAAGUCUCACUUCACAGGAACAGCCCUAGGGGCUUUGGGUGCAAACUACAACGAAAAACUUACAUGGAUGGACCAUGGCGAGCUGGAGCGCGUCAACACGCAGUGGAUCCGCGGUUUCAUCGACAUGCAUCAAAUAGACGCAUUGCAUGCUGCCCAGGACCCCAACAUGCAAGCUCUCUACAAAGCCAUAGAUGCCGGCUAUAAGACCAUCCUUUCAUUCAAGUGGAAUUACACCAAUAUCAGUUUCCCAGCAGUGAACAGUGCCGGAAUUACCACAGAGCUCGAGUGUCUGGACCGCGUCCUCCCACUAGUCCUUGGCAAAGUUGAUAUUCUGGUGAUAGGAAACGAGCCCUUCAUCGAAGUCCAACAAGGCCAUGCAGACACAAGAUUAAACAUCUUCUACGAAACACUUGCCGACCAGGUGAUUCGUUUCCGCAAUACCAACGGCAUCACCUCAACAAGACUGUACAUGGGCGCUCUGAACAGAUUAGACCUACCCGCAAAACGAACGCCAGCUAUCGAGCGGAUGCUUCAAUUCAUCGCCUCAAGACCGGAGCUCGAGGGCGUAGAUCUGCAUCCACACAUGCCGACUCUACAAGGCCACCGUCUCAUGCUGGACUAUGUCCUCCCGCGUCUCCGGCCUGAUCAACGCUUCCUGGCGACUGAGUUCUCACUAGUCUGGCACUGGAAGAGACACCUGUCGGACGCGGUGUCGGGGGAAUUCUGUGCCAGAUAUGGGUUUCCAGCUGGUGCUAAGGUCCACCAGGUCAUUAGUGCUGCUAUGCAGAAGCCGUGGCCUUAUGCGCAGUGGGAGGACUUCUUGAGCCUGGAGCCUUGGUACAUGCAGUGUCGAUCUUUCAUUACUGAUGCUAUGAGGCUGUAUCGUUCCACUGGACGGCUUGAGGUUGCUACUUAUUCCUUUUGUCCUAUGCGAUUGAGGAAGUUGCCUCUUCCUGCAAAUGGGGAUCCUUGGAUGCUUAAUGGGAUUUAUGCGCCUUCAACGGUGCAGGUUCGGCCGGAUGGGUCGAGGUAUGAGAAUUUCCCUUGGGCGGAGGAGUUUCGCAAGGUGCAGAGAGGUGAGCUGUAA